CGAAACACAGCUAAAACAAUGCUGCAACUUAAGGUGGUGGCAUUAAUUCUGAUAUGGUGGAGCAGUGGCGUCGAGCAUGCAACAGUUGCAGGCCAACAGAGGCGUCUGAUAAACACAGGGUGCAGCCCAUUCAACGCUUCGAACGCGCGAAGCUUCUUUGCGAACGUGAAUGAAACAUUUUCAGACAUGAGAGGAGAAAUUAGAAACCAGAGCAAGCACUUUGGCACAUCGCAGAAAUCAAGAGGAGGGGUUCUCACGUAUACCAUGUUUCAAUGCAGAAACUAUCUCUCCAAAAAUGACUGUCUUUCUUGCUUCAACACUGCCACCACCCAAAUCCGCAACUGUUCCAGAGCCAACGGUGCUAGAGUCAUCUACAAUGACUGCUUCCUCAGGUACGAGAGCGAGAGGUUCUACCAACAGACCAAUGAACUUGGCAGUGGGGUAACAUGUGGGAACAAGACUUCAAAUGCCACUGUUGAUUUUAGGACAGUUGGGCAAAAAGUGCUAACGGAUCUCCAAACUGCAACACCAAAAACCAAAGGGUUUUAUGCAGCUACUAAGUCAAAGGUGGCUGGUGGCAGUGCAUUUUAUGCCAUUGCACAGUGUGUUGAAACUGCCACUGAGAUUAACUGUCUGAAUUGUAUGCAAGUCGCAUACAAAAACUUACAAAGUUGCCUUCCCAACACAGAUGGUACAGCAUAUGAUGCUGGCUGUUUUAUGAGAUACUCUGAAACACCCUUCUUUGCUGAUAAUCAAACCAUUGACAUUGGACCCUAUUUAAAACAAGGAGGUUCAAGCAAGAAGUGGGCUAUUAUUGGUGGUGUUGUUGGAGGUGUUGUUCUCCUCCUUGUGUUGUUUGCCUGUCAAUGGUCUAGAAAAACAAAGAAGGUUCACAGAGGUGACAUACUGGGAGCAACAGAGUUGAAAGGUCCGGUUAACUACAAGUAUAGUGAUUUGAAAGCUGCAACAAAAAAUUUUAGUGCUGAAAAUAAACUUGGAGAAGGAGGUUUUGGUGCUGUAUACAAGGGUACUCUGAAAAAUGGAAAAAUUGUUGCCAUAAAAAAACUAGUGUUGGGAAAAUCCAGCAAGAUGGAGGAUGACUUUGAAGGUGAAGUGAAGCUUAUAAGUAAUGUUCAUCAUCGAAAUCUUGUUAGACUUCUUGGUUGCUGCAGUAAAGGGGAAGAGAGAAUCUUGGUGUAUGAAUACAUGGCAAAUAGUAGUCUUGACAGAUUCUUAUUUGGUAACAAAGGUUCCCUUAAUUGGAAACAACGAUAUGAUAUAAUUUUGGGCACUGCAAGGGGACUAGCAUAUUUACAUGAAGAAUUUCAUGUGUCCAUCAUACAUAGAGAUAUAAAGACCGGUAAUAUCCUUCUAGAUGAUGAUCUUCAACCCAAAAUUGCUGAUUUUGGUUUAGCAAGGCUUCUCCCAGGGGAUCGUACUCAUCUUAGCACAAAAUUUGCAGGAACAUUGGGAUACACAGCACCAGAGUAUGCAAUGCAUGGUCAAUUAUCAGAAAAGGCUGACACCUAUAGUUAUGGUAUUGUAGUUCUAGAAAUCAUAAGUGGUCAAAAGAGUACUGAUGUGAAGAAUGAGGAGAAUAGUCAUGAAUACCUUCUUCAACGAGCAUGGAAACUAUAUGAGAGAGGCAUGCAGUUGGAGCUUGUGGAUGAGGGGAUAGACCCUAAUGACUAUAGUGCAGAAGAAAUGAAGAAAAUCAUAGAAAUUGCUUUGUUGUGUACUCAAGCAUCUGCUGCUACAAGACCAACAAUGUCUGAAGUAGUAGUCCUACUCAAAAGCAAGAGCUUAAUGGAGUACCUACGACCAACUAUGCCAGUGUUUGUUGAAACAAAUAUGGUGAAUCGAGAAGGCAAUUCUGUUGGUUCUUCUAAUGCUACUGUCUCCAUUUCGGUUUUAUCAGCCCGGUGAUUAUAGGAUAUCACAAAGGCUCUUCAUCACUUGAAUUAAUGAA